AUGGCCCAAUCAUCCGAAUUGCGUCAACCUGAUCUCAAUCGACGGUCCUAUGCCUCCGCAAUCUACUCGUCUUUCUCGAGGUUGUCGUAUCCAACCUUGACUUGGUGGAAUCUUGCUACGCUGCCUCUGACUCUGCCCCCAGAUAAAAGCAGUGUUCACGGAGAUAUUUCUAGUACAGAUCUCCCAGGUUCUCAUGAACAAUCAUUCAUUCCUCGGAAUCCUAGCGUUGGUCUUCGUCUUUUUACUCCCCUUGUUCCGGCUUCAGACAAUAAGCCGGCACUUUUCCUUGUUUCCACAUUCCAAUUGCUCAUGGGACUCACGUUGAUGACAAGGCGUAUUCCUCGCAUAGGUGAAUCGCCGUUUUGGGCCAGAACAGGCUCGAUAACCCGAAUUCUAGCUGGUUCUGGGUUGAUUUUCCUGUCAGGACUAGAAUAUGCCCGUAUGAUGAUACCUUACGAUCCAUGGUGCGAGGAGGCCAAGAAAUGGCGUAAAUGGGCGAUUAAACGUGGUUACAAUCCAUCAUGGUGGUUUGGUGCCAUUUGGUGGUACGAUCCAAUGCUGAUGGAAGAAUGGAGAGAGAGAACUUCCAUAUGGGUAGAUAACACUGCCAAUGCCAUGGAAACACCACAGGGCAGCACCAAUAGUUCAAGCAUCUUAUUGUCCAGCAUUGAUUUGGGGCCCAACCAGAGCUUGAGAAUGGGCGAAUCCAGCACUUACCAUGAUAUUUAUUCCAAUUUGCACCAGAUUAACAGAAAGAGACACAGAGAAUCGCUUGAAACCUCGUUGGCGGACGUUAACGAGCUCAACAAGGCUAAGAGACUCGAUGCAUUGAUGGAGGGCAAGGGUGAUGUGCAGUUGAACGAAGAUUAUGAAAAGCCACAUAUUCAACUAGGUGACCAGAGGAUUGACACAGAUGCCGACUUUGAAAAUGCGUGGGCUGUGUUUGAUCCAUGGGAUGAACUAGGUCUAGAAGUUCAGCAUUACAUCCGUCUUAUUCCCCAUUGGACUGAGGAUGGCGAGAGUGAAGGCGAAACUUAA